AUGGAUGUAAUAAUUGAUGUCCAAAAUGCAGAUUCUACUUAUGGUUUAUAGUCAUAUGAUCGAGGGGAUUUAACUACUUAAUUAAAGGGUGCAUUGCAUAAGAUCAAUUCAAAUUGUAUAAAAGAUGAUUUACUACUUUAUGAUACAACUAAAUUUUUAUUAAGAAUUAUGAGCAAUUAUCAUUCUAAUACUACUAUCAUUUAGAAUUAUUAUUAUGGUAAGUAUUUAAGAUGCAUCAGGCACACUUUAUGUAUGUGUAUAAGGAUACAUCCCAAAUAGAGUUGA